GACCAGCUGUCCCGGGCUAACCCUGCUCCUCGCUGAAGAUGGAGGAAGUAAAAACAGGAUUACCCUUAGCUACAGAUCCACUGCCUUAGUUUCCACCACCAACUGCAGUGCACAAACACACGUUAGGCACAGGAAAGAAAGAAAGAGAGAGAGGGAGAGGACACACUAACAGUAAACACAAACAAAAGGGUGAUGGGAUUAUUUUACUGCAUGCACUGCUGAGCCCGACAUUGUCACCUCCUCUUUGAGGGGUUAGAAGAAGCUGGGAUCUCCCGACAGAGCUGGAAAUGGUGAUGAAUGUUUUUUAAUCAAAGGACAAUUUCUUUUCACUGCACUUUGACUAUGGAAACAGACGCAAUUGAUGGCUAUAUAACAUCAGGUGACAAUGAGCUUUCACCUGAAGGGGAACACGCCAAUAUGGCCAUUGACCUCACCUCAAGCACACCCAAUGGACAGCACGCCUCGCCAAGUCACAUGACAAGCACAAAUUCUGUAAAGCUGGAAAUGCAGAGUGAUGAAGAGUGUGACAGGCAGCCCCUGAGCCGUGAGGAUGAGAUCAGGGGCCACGAUGAGGGGAGCAGCCUCGAGGAACCCCUAAUUGAGAGCAGCGAGGUGGCCGACAACAGGAAAGUCCAGGACCUUCAAGGCGAGGGAGGAAUCCGGCUUCCGAAUGGUAAACUGAAAUGUGACGUCUGUGGCAUGGUUUGCAUUGGGCCCAAUGUGCUUAUGGUACAUAAAAGGAGUCACACUGGUGAGCGACCCUUCCACUGUAACCAGUGCGGAGCUUCUUUUACCCAGAAGGGCAACCUUCUGAGACACAUAAAGUUACACUCUGGAGAGAAGCCCUUCAAAUGUCCUUUCUGUAGCUAUGCUUGUAGAAGAAGGGACGCUCUCACAGGACACCUCAGGACCCACUCUGUGGGUAAGCCUCACAAGUGUAACUACUGUGGCCGAAGCUACAAGCAGCGCAGCUCACUGGAGGAACACAAGGAACGCUGUCACAACUAUCUCCAGAAUGUCAGCAUGGAGGCUGCCGGGCAGGUCAUGAGUCACCAUGUACCGCCUAUGGAAGAUUGUAAGGAACAAGAGCCUAUCAUGGACAACAAUAUUUCUCUGGUGCCUUUUGAGAGACCUGCUGUCAUAGAGAAGCUCACGGCAAAUAUGGGAAAGCGCAAAAGCUCCACUCCGCAGAAGUUUGUCGGGGAAAAGCUCAUGCGAUUCAGCUACCCAGAUAUUCAUUUUGAUAUGAACUUAACAUACGAGAAGGAGGCUGAGCUUAUGCAGUCUCAUAUGAUGGACCAAGCCAUCAACAAUGCAAUCACCUACCUUGGAGCUGAGGCCCUUCACCCUCUGAUGCAGCACGCACCAAGCACAAUCGCCGAGGUGGCCCCAGUUAUAAGCUCAGCUUAUUCUCAGGUCUAUCAUCCAAGCAGGAUAGAAAGACCCAUUAGCAGGGAAACAUCCGAUAGUCACGAAAACAACAUGGAUGGCCCCAUCUCUCUCAUCAGACCAAAGAGUCGACCCCAGGAAAGAGAGGCCUCACCCAGCAAUAGCUGCCUCGAUUCUACUGACUCCGAAAGUAGCCAUGAUGACCGCCAGUCCUACCAAGGAAACCCUGCCUUAAAUCCCAAGAGGAAACAAAGCCCAGCUUACAUGAAGGAGGAUGGCAAGGCUUUGGAUGCUACCAAGGCCCCCAAGGGCUCUCUGAAGGACAUCUAUAAGGUUUUCAAUGGAGAAGGAGAACAGAUAAGGGCCUUCAAGUGUGAACACUGCCGAGUCCUUUUCCUAGACCAUGUCAUGUACACCAUUCACAUGGGUUGCCAUGGCUACCGGGACCCACUGGAAUGCAACAUCUGUGGCUACAGAAGCCAGGACCGCUACGAAUUUUCAUCACACAUUGUUCGAGGGGAGCACACAUUCCACUAGGCCUUUUCAUUCCAAAGGGGACCCCUAUGAAGAACUGCACAUGAAGAAAUACUGCACUUACAGUCCCACCUUCCCUCGGAUGGCGACAUGCUGUCUUCUUGAUGCUGUCACUGUCUAUAAUUCUUAUUUUGUGGACAAAAUGUCAUUUGCUCUGCCUAAUUACAAUGAGGAAGAAACAAGAGAAAGGGAUGGGAUGUUCACUGAUAGGUUGGCUUGUUUAUUUCAUGAGCAUUUAAAGCAGUUCAUUGCAGCCAUGCAUCCGUGUUAAGGCCUAACAUGAUUCAGUUCAUAGAGGUUUAUCUAAGAGAUUCUGAUUUGCCAUUCAUAUUCAGGAUUGUGAUAGAAGGCGGGAAAGUUGGGAGUUCUCUGGGUAGGAUGUUUGGCAAUUUAAAAUGGUCUAAGUCAUUUUACUCUCAAAGAAGAUGUUUCAAAAUAUAAACCCAUUUUAUUUUCUCUUCGUUAGAGAUCAUGGAACACAAACACAAUGUUAUUUUCCAUAACCACUAGGAUGAGUUGAAUUGUUGUGGGUUCUGUGUUUACCUCCCCUACGGAAUUUCUAAUUGAGUAUGUUUUACACUGUAUCAUAUAGCAAAACUUUUAAACUACAGGUAGUCAAGGGCCGCUACGAUACAUCUGAGGUCCUUUGAUCUUAUUUUUCUAAACUUGCGCACUGUUUUUCCAUAGUUUUGAUGACUGGCAUUUUAUAGACACCCUGGCAGCCUUACUUUUAACACCUGUAACAAAUAGUAUUUUUUAUGUAGUUUUCAGAAUAACAUAUGGUCUCAAGAGUGGGUAAGAUGCAGUCAGUAAUUUCCAGGAAGAAUUCUGCUUUUCAUGAUUUGAGAUUUGUUUUUGAAGCUGUAAUAUGAUGGCAGCCUAGUAUACAUAUAUGCUUCUAAAGGUGUGUUUACGAUCGUCACUUUAUCAGCAUUCAAUCAGUGUUAACAAGUCAGCAGAAAAGUGUAAUUAGGCGAACAGUAGGGGGAAUUCCCACUCUAAGAACCCUUUUCUGGUAUUUCUCUUCAAGCUGUGACCACUCAGUGUUCUGUCCACAGUCCAUUCCUCUUUAACUCUUGGAAUAGAAGGCCUUAAAAAGCCUUGCUAGCAGCUGCUUCUUUUAAAAUCUUGGAGCAACUGUUAAUUGGACCUGAGAGUGGUAACUUGAACUCUGGAAGGUCUUUUAAUUACUAGGGCUAUUUUUUCCACUAUUUCUUCAGUAAUAAGAGUUACUACCUUUGCUGAAGACAAAAGGGAACUUCUUUGUUACCUGAAUAUCAUAGUGCAGGUCAAACAAACAAGCAAAAAGUCUUCUUUCAGCCUUCCCGGAGUUGUGAAUGUGACCGUCGUCAGGAGAAGGUCCCGCACUUUAAAAAUAAAAACAAAAAAUUCAAGUCUAGAGGUCCUUAUCAGAAAUGAAUCUCAACCCCUUAGUCAAGAAUCUUCUGUCUUCUCUUAAUUUGCACAUGACAUAUACUUCCAUAUCUAAUGCUCAGGUUUUAAUCCGAUCUCUGUGAGUUCUCAGCUUUUUCUUUUUUUCUUUCUUUUUUUCUUUUCUGAACUUCACUUGCAUUUGUGGGUAGGAUUGGAGCACACUGUUAUCAAGGCAUUUGGGGGAAUCUACUUGGCAGACAUAACUUGCUGCUUCUGUCUGAGGAAAACAAGCCUGCCCGUAACUGAGUUAUUUGACAGUCAUGUGUAAAUGCUUAGACAUGUGCUGUGUGCUAACACAUCGCUGCUCCAACAGACCCUUGAAUGGCAUGCCCAAACCAUGUCGCUUCACUUUGCCUUGGGAAGUAUCAAGACUAGAGAAGUACCCAAGGAUGAGCAGUGUGCUCCUAACUCGCUUUGCAGGUUUCUGUCUGAUUAUUUAAGGAAUUUCUUAGCUCUACCACAGCAAGAGUGAGGUAAUUCUGACUUGCCUCUUUUACGAAUUCUUAGUUCUUUCUGGAGAAAUAUCCAAAUGGUUCCUUAACAUGUAAGAGAAUGCACCAAACCAGAGCUAUAUCAAAUGCCAACUGUUGGGUUGUUUUUUGUUUGUUUGUUUGUUUUGUUUUGGAGGGGUGUUUUUGUAUCCCUUGGUACAUUUUAAAAACAUAGCUUCAUAGCUUACUUGGGGACGAAACAUCACAUCAGGCCUUCCUUAUGCCCACUUACCCUACACUCUCUGGAAUCACAGUGAAAACGAUAUUUACUUCUGAAUGAGGUAAAUCAGUUUAAGGCUCAUGACUUCUUUGUUUUUAACUGCAACUUGAGGACGCAUCUGGAUGUCUGUCAGUGGGUCCCUUUCGGCUCUUUGUGAACACCUGUAGGCAUCUACUAUCAACUCUUCCUUGUCUUUGCUAGCACCUGCUGCAUUAACAAUCAUGUACCUACCUGCCCUAGGAUGACACUGAACUGAGGUGUACUGGAAGAGUUGUGUCCUUCCCCUACAAGGGUAUGCCAGUAUGCUCAGUAUCAGAAAGGGUAUGCCUUUCUGAUCCCGUUUUAUUGGAAAACCUGAUUUACUCAAAGAAGUGAGCUAUAAAGGUAUAUUGGCUGUACAUAUACACUUAGCUUUCUUUCUUUUUCUUUUCUUUCUUUCUUUCUUUCUUUUUUUUUUCAGCUGCAUGGCACAAGAUACAGAAAAAAGUAGAUAGCUCUGCUGUGACAGGGACAAAUGGGGACAAGGUGAAUUUAAGAUUUGUGGGUUACGAUAAACUUUGUGGACAUAGUGCUGUCUGAGGGACCCUCGGUGACUGUAUUUGCCUCUUUUUCACCAAAGAGAAUAGGAGACAUAGUAGCACCUAAAAAUAAGCAUGAAGGCCAGAUACCAAAUAAAUCAAAUUUACAUAACCACUACAAGACCCGUUUAUUUAGGUGAAAUUUUACAGUUGAGAGAGGAUUUGAGGGGCACGAAAAUGGGUUAUCCUUUGUGUUUUCCAGUUUGUCAGGAAUUUAUCAGUUGGCUCUGCCCUAAUUUUGCCCAGAUUUUUUUUUUUUAAUCACCAGUUCCUUCUGGAGAAACGUGCUGCCUCUCUAUAGUAGUGAUGAAUUGCUUGUUAUAAAGGCUUUUUAAAACACUGGGAGCAGUCAGCCCAAUGAGUGGUAGAGGGAAGUGUGAAACACUGUCAUUUGAACAUUCCGUUAGUAAUGCUCUGGAUAAAAUGGGGAUGUGAGGGCCGACCAUUAAGAUUUAGGCUGAAGUUACCUGGCUGACUGGCAUAUGUACAGGUCAGUGUUUGAAAGCAGUAUAGUUUGCAUGCACAUGCAUAUUGCACAUUAUUUUUAAUGAAAAUUCACAAAAAAAGAAGCAAUUAGCAUUGCCAGUUGUAUUACAAAAGCUUAGAGUUAGAAGAACAGUACAGUUACUAGGCCAGCAGUUGGGUCUAAUUCAGCAGGUUGUAUUAAGAAAGCCCCAGUUGUCAGUGUGUCUUUAAGGCCAAUGGCAAUUUAAAUCGCAAACCUCCAUUGCCUGCAUCCAGUAAAGCAAACAAAACAAGGCGAAAACAGGGAAGCAAUGAAGUUAACUGGACAAUAUUUGAAGAAAUAUAGAUUCUUUUGUGAGAGGAAGAAGAUGCAGGAAGUGAUUUAGUAACCUUGGCUUGUGUUUGUGCUUCUCUGACCCACUUGCACACCUCACAAGUCUGGUGUUUGCAGACCUUCAUCUUCUCUCCUAAAUGGCAAGUUAGGGUGGAAAGAUUCGCGGAAGAGGCUGGAGAGGACCAGGAGAGCUUUCUGCCUCUAGAUUCAGGACUGUGCUUACACUGUCCAGGUCACCUGCCACAUACUGUUUUAGCUUUGGACUAUUCUUUUUACUAUACAAUUGUAGAUUGGUGGUCAUCGUCAGUUGUAUUUCAUGUUAUUUUAAUAACUACUGUCUGUAUAAUUAUUCUACAGCAAAAGCUCCCCCAGAUCCAAAAGGGGAAAAAAGUGAGGGAUGAAUUGAAACUUUGUAUAUAUAAAAGUUAUUUUAUAAAUGUUUUAGUCUUCCAGUUUCUGCAAAAUAAUUAAAAUAUACAGUAACUGGUCUCUUAAACCCUGAACUUAAUGUAUUAAAUACUUAUAAAAUUUUAUAUUGGUGCCUUUUAAAAAUGCAUUGAAAGUGUUGGUUAGCUCUUUAGCUCCACCACACUUUUACUGUGUAUUUUUUAAGAAAAAAAAAAUCACAUAAAAUCUAAGUACUCUCUAAUUCACCUUUGUGUUCUUAGAAGAAGAAGAAAAAAAAAAAAAAACUGCUAAAAGAAUUUCCAGACUUUUAGCUGAGCUGACAAAAGUGACAAAAAACUUUGAAACCAGAUUUUAAUCUUUUUAGCUUGAUGUUAUUUCUGGACAUUAUUCUAUGGUAGAAGCAAAAUAGAAGGUAGACUCACAUGUCAGAAAUGACUUGGAUUAUGCUAUGUGUUUUUGCUUUCUUCUUGAGGAAGAAUAUGUUUUGCAUCCCACAGGGGGGUCUUUAUAUAAUUUGGAGUCAAUAAUUACAGUAUUUCUUUGCUUUGUUUUAAAUACCUGGCUGGUGUUACUCUAGCCUUGGGUCUUCUGUCUCUUCUCCCCUCUAACCUGUGGUUGUUUUGUGAAAUGACGUGGAAAUGUAGACCAUUGUCUCCUCUUGAACAAAAACCAAGCUCAGCACUCUAGUCCCAUGACUGGUCUCCAAAAGGUCAUCUCAGAUGUGUAGAACGGGGUCAUCUGUCACUUGUGAGGGGUGUCUUCAACUAGGACAGCUUUUUAAAGAACGAGCUGCUGGUUGUGUAAAGCAGACGUCAUAUGACCAAGAAGCUGUGAUAUGCUAGUGUUUCCUUCUAUCAUCGUGUACUCUUAGGCCAAAUAAUCACACCUUGACUGUUUUUACAUUUACUACAGAAACCUAAACUUUUGGAAUUUUCAAAGGUUUUUAUGUAAUGUUCUAUUUCACAGCAGUUUCCUUUUCUCUUGCUAUACUGUGAGUUUGUGAGGGUUUUUUGUUUUUUUUUUUUCAGAUGAAUUCUUGGAAAUGAGUUCUGAAUUCUGUUUAUGGUGUUCUCUCCCAUAACACUCCGUUUAUAAAUGUUCUAUACAAGUUUGUUAUGAAUCCACCUUUCUCGUGUAUGGACCGUGAGAAGUACAUGAACAACUAGUUUCCUAAGAUGACUUUUAUGUUAUGAAUUAAUAUGAAAUGUAUAGGUCAUGCGCUAAACCACAUUAAGUGCAGAAUCAAAACUUCCUAUAGGUCCACAUAAGCAGUUCUCAGUGAACCGGGCCUUCAGUUUACCUCAAGUGACAUGUAGUAAGGAAAGCUCGGGCACAUGGAGGACACUCUCUGCAGCACUAUGCACUUAGUAGCAUGUUGCUGAAUCUCAUUUACUGGAAAUGGAUUUUUUUAAAGGAAUACACUGGAAGGAGGGAAGCGAUCGAGGGACUGCUGAUAUUUUUGUUGUUGCUGUUGCUUUGUGCUUUUCAAAAAGUUGUUCAAAUUAUGGAACUGUGAUCUAAAAAAGGUUUGACUGUGGAGCACCCUAGAGGAUGUCCAUCAAUCACUUGCCUUUCGGUACGACUAAGUUCUGGGUUUGCCUCUUGGCCUCUACCUUCCUGCCACCUCCUCAUCCCUACUCUGUCUGUGGCCCUCCUCUCGGUGUCAUUGCCUCUCAGUGUCUCUCUUGACACUCCUACUAGUUAGGAGGUCAACUCUGAACUUCUGACUCAUUGAGUCUUAAUUUUUGUCUUGGUGGUUUUGGUUAGCUGUGUAGUCUGCUGGCGUAUUUUUAUACCCAAGUGUAGUUUCCUAUUUUUAAAGUGUGGUUGGGUUGACAUGGUAAGCUCUGUAGUCCUUAUUUCGCUUCACUCUCAAGUAGGAGGCACCUAAUGUGACUUCCGAAAUUCUGUCAUCAGAGUAUCCGUCUAGCUCCUUUGUGCUUGGAUUUUGACUUGUUUGGCCUUCUUCUUAAAUACAAAUCAUACGCGAGAAGACUUUCCCUCCACAUUAGAGGAGAAAAAUGUAAAGCAAAGAGUCUUAACUUUCUCCCAACCAGAGAGCGGGGAGAGUGCUGUCCCACUUCUGCAGUGCUGUUCCAGGCUCAGAGGGGUCUCCAGACCCCAGGCUCACCCUCGGCAUCGGGUCUCUUAGACCCUGUAUUCUUUGCAGCUUCAGAAAGGUUUCUUUUGCUAUGGAGUUUAACAGCUCUUCUUUUUUCCAUAAAAGUGCAAUAUCCCUCUUGAAGUCUUAAAAACUAUGGUAAUUUUCUUCUUUUCUUUCUCUGACAUUUGUCUCACUAGCCAAUGAUGAAAAAAAUCUUUGGAAAUUAUAAACAUGUCAUAGGACAUAACAAGCAAAGAUGGAAACCACUCUGCUCUGAAAAGUUGGGAAAAAAAUGUAGUAACAAACGACUUCUCUGACUUUCUAGAAACUUCGUUUAGACUAAAUUUUCUUUGAAAUCAUGAGUGAGAAGUUUAUCCUGAGGCUGAAAUACAAUUUUUCUCCCACUCUUGUCUAAUGCUCUUAAGUUAAAUAACUAAUAUUUAAUGUUUUCAUUUCUCUCCUUUUGGAAAAUAAAUAUCAAAGCACUUAGGUCAGGUUUAAAUCAAUAUUACCUGUUGGAAAUUUUUUUUUACAUAUUUAAAGCAGACCUGUUUCAAUGCAGAUGGAGAAGUAUCUUUUGUAUUAUUCAUAUUUAUAUGUAGUGUGUUCUUUUCUUUUUUUAAUACCUGUGUUUCUGUAGUAAGACUGCUGUAAUGUAAAUACACGUUUUAUUAAAAAGUAACAUUUCUUUGGCAUUUCUUUUGAUGGCAUAUACUGUAUUUUUACAGUUUAUGUCUUGGCUACUUAACUUUUUUUCUUUAAUAAUACCAAAGGUAAUUAGACUAUUUUAAGGACUAAUUGCUUGACAGUUUCUAGAAUACUUUGAU